AUGUCGCAUCUUGGAACUGCGUCUACGUGUGCUGAGAGCGACGCAAACGUACCGAAUCCUAAAUCCAAGGGCGCAACGCCUACGGAUUCCAUCGGAAGCACCUCUACAGAGUUGAGAAGACUAGCUACCAUAGCAGAAUAUAAAAUUAAACUUCUUUUAGGAAGCAAAAAGUACCGCGCACUUAUCCGAAACAACGAAUUGAUCGACGUAGACUGCCUCAAGAGUUGCAUCCUGAAUGAAAGUCACAGUAGCUCCGAUAUAAAGGUGCUAGAACUAUGCCUUUUGAUGUUGAUGUGUUUAAGAACAUGGCAUAAACAUUCUGGAAAUGAUAAAUGUGAGAAUUUGGAUAUAAACAGCGAAGUCAUCAACAGAAUCUCGCAAAACCGCAAAAUCUUUGAUGGUGUGUCACAAAUAGUAAGAGAACUCCUGGGAAACGUCUGCAUUUGGUCAGUGGAUACCAUAUGUAGCUCAAAAUUAGUGCAACUGGCCUAUGAGCUUCUCUUGCGUAUGGAGAGCGAGUACUUUUUUGAGCACCUUGAGCUCUAUAUGAAUAGGGUAAUAUCAAAGGAGAGUUUGCAGGAAGAGGUUGUUGGUUCAGAAGACUACUAUAACCAGAGUUACUAUUGGCAAAUCCGCCUGGUCCAAAGAACUGUAACCAGGACAAUCUUGACCAGCACCCACCUUUCAAAGGUUAUGGAGUGGGUUAAGGAGCUUUUGAAAUCGCGAAAGUUAAAUAUAUACGCAAUGGAUGAAAUGGCUUGUCUUUUGUCCCAGAUUUGGAUACGCACAAAGAAACCACUGCCCAUAAACUUUCGACUAAAGUUGAUGGUUUUACAGAAACUUGCAAAGUCUGGAGACAGUUCCUACUUUGAAAGAUGUGGAGGAUCCAAUAAACUCAUUCGAACGGCUCUUCAUGGAGAUGCAGAACUCAGGAAUUUAGCCUACUCUUGCUUAAUCCAGAUACCGCAUGCUGUAGAUAGAAGGGUUCUUUAUGCAGCCAUAAAUGUUAUAUUGGAUAAUUGUGAUCUUAGCUAUAUCCGCGAUCUUAAAAUAUUGGUAGUAGGAGCGCAUAUCGUUAAAAAAAUCAGCUUUGGAGUUCAGUAUAUUAAUAGGAUAAAAUGUCUUUUAUGUAGACUCAUCAAAUGUAAUACAACAUCCUACAAGCCAACUCUUCCUGAAUAUAGGGAAAAGAAUAUAAUAGAGAUGGAUAUCAUCUUCUUGGAUCUUUUAGAGAGCUAUUUCCGUGGUUCUAAAGACUCAAUGAUACUCUGUGAGGAGGCUGCCAGAAAAAACCACCAUCUAAUAGAAGGGGCACUUCGGGCCCUAAAUAUAGCAAGGUGUCGUGUUGCAUUGUUAGAGGAAGAGGGACAAGAACUCUCAAUCGAUGAUUAUGAAGACUGUAUCGACGAUGAACCACUCCUUGGAAUGUUCUUUGGGGUUUUAAAUCAGGAGCUUUUACAGUGGUCCAUAGAAUACUCUCGAAUAGACUUGGGGGCAAGUAGAUAUUAUGAUAGAAAAAAAAUAAUUAAAAUUAUUUCUAUAAUAGAGAGCGUGCAAAAUCCAUGUCCUCUUUUCAAUAGGCUCCUGAUUAUCUUUUGCAAUUACCUUUUAAUAUUUGAUGAGGCCUACAAGGAUACAGAAGUCAAAAUUGAAGCAUUUAAGGUGCUAUGUAGGAGUAUAAAGAUAUGUGGAACCGACUAUGAAAGGUAUAGCUUUAUCCCACAAUGCUUUAAGGUGUUUGAAAGGAUAUGGAGAGCAUCGGCUCCAUUGGUCAAACACUACACUAUGGAUAUCAUGAAACACUCGCUAGAUCUCGUCUAUAGUUUGGAAUAUACCCACGAAAAGAAUUGUAUUCAGCCAAAUGGUGCUUGUGAAGGACAUGAUAGCUGCAAGGAUGACCUUAAACUGUCAAUCAGUGCUGUUUUUCGUAGACUCUCCGAAACUAUAAAAUUAGAUGCGGAGUUUGUCCGCACAGUUUCACUUGGAUUUUACAGUGGAUCAUGUCAAAAAUACGUUGCCCAUGGUCUUUAUAAUCUGACAUGUAACAAUUUUUCCAAAGAUAUUUGCAAAAUCGUGCUAGACAUUGCUCUUGUUAUAUCCAAGAAUGACUGGAAUCCAGAGAAUCUGGCGAUUAUCAAGAAGUUAUUCAAGUUGUGCCUGAAAAGAAAGAACAGGAGAAACUGCAAGAUUGUCGAAGAUGGCUACCUCUUUGGCGCUACUCCUAGGUCUUUGGUCUUUAUGUCAGGUUCAGCCAUAGACAAGUAUAUCUCAUUUCUAUUCCGACACAUUUUACAUAAUGUGGAAUCUCUAGAGGACAAUUCUCUCUUUUAUCCAGAUUGUACAAUAAAAUCAAACGUCCUGGAAAAGAGAUUCCAUGACUGCCCCGGUGAAUAG